GUUUGGGCCGAUACGAUACCGGUUCCGAUUGGUGCGGGCACGGCGGUGCUCUCGGCUUGAGAGUGAAGGCAACGGACGAGCGGAAGAGAACCCGAGAAGUAAUGGCGACGGCGGCGGACGGCCGUCUUCAGGGCGCUAGGAGCGCCAACACCAGUAGCUUCUCGCGAGCCCGGUCGUCGCCCUCGGCGGUGCUGCCCUCGCCUCCGAACCCUGGCGUCAAACUCGGCCCUAAUGGCGCCACCUUUGUCUCAUCUGGAAUCCCAGACCUCGAUAGAAUCCUUGGGGGCGGGUUCCUUUUGGGAUCGUUGGUGAUGGUGAUGGAGGACGCCGACGCGCCCCACCAUCUCCUCCUCCUUCGGAACUUCAUGUCCCAGGGCGUUGUCCAUCGGCAGCCCGUCCUCUUCGCCAGCCCUCUGAGGGACCCGAGGGCGUUUCUUGGCACGUUGCCUUCGCCUGUCUCCUCGUCCAAGGAGCACAGGCAACGAGACACCCUUGUCGACCACAAUCAGCAAGAUCAGGAGAAGGGUUUGCGCAUAGCUUGGCAGUAUAAGAAGUAUUUCGGGGACCAACAGUCUUCUCAGAAUCAUAACAGAGAUGUUAAGCAGGAAUUCAGCAAUGACUUUGAUCUGCGAAAGACCCUUGAAAGACAGCAUGUCCAGUAUAUUGAAAGCAUGAGUAUUCAAGAUAUUCCACAUCUAACCAUACUCCGUAAUCGAUGUUCAAACUUUUUAUCUGGACUUCCACGGUCUGAUGGUGGCAACUUAAGUGCUGGUCGUAUUGCUAUUCAGUCAUUGUGUGCUCCACAAUGUGGUUACGCUGAAAUGGACUGGGACUUGGUUGCCUUUAUCAGGUUUCUGAGAUCAAUUAUUCGUUCUUCAAAUGUGGUUGCUGUGGUAACGUUUCCCACUUCAUUUCUUUCGCCUGCAUUUCUGAAGAGAUGGCAGCACCUGGCAGAUACAUUGUUGUCUGUCAGAGCAAUUCCAGAUGAAGAUAAGGAUAUGGCUAAACUCCUUACAGGAUACCAAGAUAUGUUAGGGCUUUUACAUGUGCACAAGGUUGCUCAGAACAAUAGCCAGGUUCCAACGGUGCUAGAGGCAUCUACAUUCUCAUUAAAGCUUCAGAAGCGGAGAUCUCUGGUCUUAGAACGUCUAAAUCAAGCUCCUGUAGAGGCUUCAAGCGGCACUUCAUAUUCAACAUCUGGCACUUGUUCUGGGCCAUCAAAAGGUUCAUCUCUUGAUUUCUAGUAAGUCUUUAACUUGAAAACAUGAUGGAUGAUGGAUUUCCACAAUCGACCCAUCUCCGAUUUCCAAAGCUGUUGGUCUCACAAGGCUUCUUCAUGAGUUGCAAUCAUAGUUUGCAUGCAAUGGAGUUGGGCACCAAGAUUUUCCCUCCCUUGUUCAUUGUUAGUUUAAGCAUCUGUGCAGCAUGACGGAUCUGAUGGGUCUCCCAACAAACAAGUAAAACGUAGAAGACAGACAGUAGAGGGGUCCUCAGUGUUCUCCAAUAUAAAUUUUUGUACUUCAAAAGACUUUCUCAUGUGCACAUUUUAGCAUGGUUGAUUUAGGUUAUCACUGUUCAUUAUGGCUGGAAUAGCCAGUUUUUUUUUUUUUGUCUUUAUUUACCAUUGGAAGAUGUUCUGGUUAUUGCUGACUUUAGAUGUCCGAUGAACUUUGUGGAUGAUCCUUAAACAAACCAUCUCUCGUUCUUUUA